UCUCUGCUGCGCUCUGGCUCAUCCUGCAGACGUGCACCAGCGGCAGCCGGGCUCGUUUUUGGGCCUCGCCCCCGCGCAGGGGCUUUGAAUGCGGCCGCCCCCAUGAGAACACUGGCCCGGCCUCCUAUCCGUAAGCCUUUGCCUGUGGAAACCGAGCCAUGUGGGCCUGGACUUGGGCCACAGCAGCCCUCCUCUGGCUGCAGACUGCAGGAGCGGGGUCACGGCAGCUGGCCAUUCGUGUGGAGUCCCCUAAUAUCACCACACCCAACCGCGAGGGAUUGCCAGGCUUCUUCAAGCCACCAGAGGUCUCUGGACCUGAACUCUCAGAUGCCCACAUGACAUGGCUGAACUUUGUCCGCCGGCCAGAUGAUGGGGCCACUAGGAAACGGUGCCGUGGCCGGAAUAAGAAGUCGCGAGGCCUCUCAGGUCUCCCAGGGCCCCCGGGACCCCCUGGCCCUCCUGGUCCCCCUGGUUCCCCUGGUAUGGAAGUCACCCCAGAGGUCCUGCUGCAGGAAUUUCAGGAGAUGCUGAAAGAGGCCACGAAACUUCGAUUCUCAGGGCUACCAGAUACAUUGUUACCCCAAGAACCCAGCCAUCAGCUGGUGGUUGAGGCCUUCCACUGCCGCUUGAAAGGUCCUGUGCUGGUGGACAAGAAGACACUGGUGGAGCUGCAAGGAUUCCAGACCCCUACUGCCCAGGGUGCCUUCCUGCGGGGAUCUGGCCUGAGCCUGGCCUUGGGCCGAUUCACAGCACCAGUCUCUGCCAUCUUCCAGUUUUCUGCCACCCUGCACAUUGACCACAGUGAGCUACAGGGCAGAGGCCGGUUGCGUACCCGGGACACUAUACGUGUCCUCAUCUGUAUUGAGUCCCUGUGUCAUCAACACACGUCCCUGGAGGCUGUAUCAGGCCUGGAGAGCAACAGCAGGGUCUUCACAGUGCAGGUUCAGGGGCUGUUGCAGCUACAGUCUGGACAGUAUGUCUCUGUGUUCGUGGACAACAGUUCUGGGGCCGUCCUCACCAUCCAGAACAGCUCCAGUUUCUCUGGACUGCUUUUGGGUACGUAGGGGAGCUGAAGACACGAUGAUUGAGGAGGAACUACAAAG